AUGGAAGCAUUGAGAAGAUAUUCGUCAUCUUCGUCUACGGAAACAGCUAGUGUUAGUGAUGAAUUACCAGAAACUAAAGUGUCAAACCAGAAGAAAUCCACUAAUGUUGAGAAUAAAGCUCCCACCGUUAAUGGACAUGAUCACUACUCAGGUUACAAUCAAUACAACAGUCAGCAGCAGCAGCAGCAGUCGAACAAAGCGUCAAGCAACUUCAAUGAAGAGGAGAAGAAGAAGAAGACAUCUAAACCAAACUUUGACAAUCAAAAUGCAUUGCAACAACCUACGUCUGACUUGACCUUUGUAAAAAUUGCACAAACUAACAAGUCGAACGAAACUGCUGCCAUCAAUAGUAACACCAAUAACAUAAAUCACACGUAUCAAACAAAACUCAAUGGGAUAUCCUUAUCAGAUACAAAAUUAGAUGAGAAGACAUUUGUUCAAACGAUUGAUAAUGAAGGAGCUUUGGGAUCUAUAAUAUCAAUCAGUCCAGAGGAAUAUGAGAAGAAAGAGGCAGAUGAACAGAAACCUGAAGGGAAACAAAGCAGUAUUAUAACAAUUUUCUCAAUAUGGAAUACGAUGAUGGGCACAUCUAUCCUAGUCAUGCCAUGGGCUAUACAACAAGCUGGAUUUGCUUUAGGUAUAUUCCUUCUGAUCUUUGUCGCCUUUAUAGCCGGGUAUUGUGGUUAUCUUGUGUUGAGAGCUACGGAAGAUUUAAAAAUAAUACAAAAUCUUCGUUCAUCUGUCUAUAUGGAAUUUCCUGAUGCGUGUUUUUAUCAUUUGGGCAAAGUUGGAUAUAUCACAGCGGUAAUCUUUUCAAUGUUAGCAUUAUUCGGUGCACUUAUUGUCUAUUAUGUACUGAUGUGUAAUUUCCUAUAUUACACUGGAGAUUAUAUUUAUCAUCGCAUACAUGAUUCGAAUAGUUCACACAGGGAUCCAGUGUACACAUUAUGGAACAAAACGUAUACUGGUGCUGUUUGCAUUAACUUACCGCUAGUGCCUGUAGGUGAUGAAGCAAACAUUAUUAUUAAUCCAAUGAUUACUAGUGGCAGUCAAUUAUUUAAUCAUUCAGAUAGUAAUACUUAUGUUUCAUUGUAUGAUCGUUUAUGGUCAAAAACUGGUACUGUACCAGCUUGGUUAUUAAUCGUCAUCAUACCGUUGAUUUCAAUUAAAUCACCAACAUUUCUUGGAAAAUUUAAUGCACUUGGUACUAUCUCUGUAUUCUACCUUCUCAUAUUAGUGUGUAUUAAAGCUGCUCAAUGGGGUCUUAAUUUGGACUUUUAUUCAAAUCAUCCAUAUCGGAUAGUUCAUCAAGCCCAGCCAACAUUUGUCAGUUUGACUGGUGUCUGUUCAUUGGCAUUUUUCAGUCAUAAUGCUUUGCAUACGCUAACACGUUCUCAAAGGAGACCGCAGAAUAAUACACGUGAUGUGGCAUUGGCAUUUAUCUGUGUAGCUGCAACAUAUCUUGCCAUUGGUUUAAUAUUCUUUUGUACCUUUCCACUGGCUAAAUCGUGUAUUGAAGAUAAUCUCUUGAACAAUUUGUCAACUGAUAUUCCAGUAUUUAUUGGUCGAUUUGGUUCAUUACUACAAAUGUUCACUGUAUAUCCAAUGAUCAUGUAUAUCUUAAGAGUCCAGUUAAUGACGGUUAUUUUCAAGAAAGAAUAUCCAGGGUUCAUUUAUGUUAGUAUCUUACACGUGAUCAUUCUUGGAUUAUGUCUAACAUUUGCGAUAUUGUUACCGAAAAUUGGCACCAUCAUUCAAUUCAGUGGUUCACUAUGUGGACUUGUCUACAUGUUCGCAUUGCCUCCAUUAAUCUACCUAUUGAAUAAACGUGAAUUGGAUAAAAUGAAAUCACAAAAAGAAACUAUCCAGCCAGAAAUUCAUUCUGAUGGGAAACUGCUCAAUGGGAAAGGUGUUCUCAGCAAUGGCGCUGUUCAACAUCAACACCAACAGAUGACAACCGACGAUCAUACACCAUUUAAUGAAUUUCAAGUUGAUAAUCGUAGUGAAUCUUCGUCAGUAAUUAAAUUUAAAAUUAUAUCAGAACGUGAAACAUUGAAAUGGUAUUUGAUUGUAUGUAUACAUGUAUUCAUUAUGCUAUUAGGUGUAUUAAAUUUCAUUGGACAAUUCUCUGUAUUUUUCAUCUAA